UCAGUUUGAUUUCAUCAGCUCUGUCUUCCCUUUUAUCGUACCCGUAUAUCAAUUUGGUCGGCUUCAACUAUCCGACUGACUUGGCUUGGCUUGGCUUGGCUUGGCUUAGCAGACUCACAUCUCAGCUCAACCUUCCUCUCUUCAAAUAACUUCAACUCCAAUUAGGUUCCCUCCAUUUCUCCUCUUCCCCACUCCGCUCUUUCCCUUUACAAAUCUCUCGUUCUCUCUCUCUCUCUCUCCCCAUGAAAAAUGGGAUUGAAUGCUCCUCUGCUGCCGCUAAAGCGUGAGGCUCAAAUUUCCGAGUUAAUUUGUGAGCAGAUUUUCUGAUCAGUCCUUUUAUUUCUCCUUCUUCUUUUUCAGCCCCUACCUCAAGCCCUAUUUUCGUAUCAUUCUUAGAUCUCUGCAACUGAGCUGUAAGGAACUAGAUCAUCCGUGAUGAAUUCUCAGGUUGGAUCAAUGAGUGGAAAGGCCGGGGCUGGGAAUGUGUUGGACUCCUGGAGUUUUAACAAUAUUGAACCCAAAUCAUUCACUGUUUUAGAUGGCUCAGUCCUUCCAAGCGUAGAUUCUAUGGAUAUGGGAAUCGGAUCCUCAGAGCAAGGAAAUGCUAUUACCACUCCAAAACCAAGGAAAAAGACAAUUACAUCUGUAUACCUCAAGUAUUUUGAAACAGCUCCAGAUGGGAAAACUCGGAGGUGUAAAUUCUGUAGACAAUGCUAUUCCAUUGCAACUGCUACUGGAAAUUUGGGAAGACACCUUAGUAAUCGCCACCCAGGAUAUGACAAAGCAGCGGUGUUUGUUGGCAGUGCUGCUUCAGAACUAGUCACAGUUGCUAAGAAGCCUCAGUCUCAAGCAAAAUCACCUCAAUUAGAGUUUGAUCAUCUAAAUUGGUUGCUCAUCAGGUGGCUCGUUUCAGUAUCCCUUCCUCCACAUGCAGUCGGAGAUAAGUGGCUUGUAAACUCCCUGAAGUUAAUAAGUCCAUCAUCACAACUUUGGUCAGGAGAGAAGUUCCAAAUGGUAAUUCAAGAAAUUUAUAGAAGCAUGCGGGAAGAUCUAAGAUUGAUCUUGGACCAAAUUUCUUCAAAGAUUUCUAUAGCUCUUGUGUUCUGGACUUCUUAUGAGCAGAUACCUUAUAUGAGUGUUACUUGCCAGUGGAUCGAUGAAAACUGGUUGUUUCAGAAGGUUCUCCUUGAUGUUUCUCGAAUUUCUUGCCCUUGUGGGGGUCCUGAAAUCCACCAUGCUCUUAUGAAGGUCCUCAAGCUCUAUAAUAUUGAAAACAGAGUCCUUCAUCUCACAUAUGAUACUACUGAGCACGCAUGCCAUACACUUAAAGAUGACAUGGAUAUUCAGAAAAUGAACCAGUAUUGCUAUCUUCCAUGUGCCGCUCAUGCAUUGAACUCAAUUGUGAGUGAUGGAUUGAGAUGUACCAAGUCAAUACUCUCCAAGGUUAGGGAAUUUGUACUACAGGCAAACACGUCUUCCAAAAUUAUGGAAGAAUUCGUUCACUUUUGCCAUGCUUAUCGAGAAGGAAGCUGGAAGAACCCACUUGAUGCCUCACACCGUUGGAGUGGUAAUUACCAGAUGCUUGAUAUAGCACACAAGGCAGUAAAAUCAAUGGAGACAAUUGUUCAGAAGUAUGAUGAAGAGCUGGGCAGUA